AUGUACGGGGCCGAGACGGCUGCUGAAAUGACUUUUAUCGGGUGCCCGUUGCUUCAGAUGCCGAGCGAAAUCCUGGCCAAGAUCGUCCGCUUCGUCGCCGAGGACAAAAAAGCCUUGCAACAGCUUGCUCUCGUUAAUUCUGACUGCUGUGGGCUUUCCCGUGCUUGCCAAUUCUCCGAGUUCACAUUCAACUACAGUCGGAACAAGAUUAGGCCUCUGCUCGAACUCGUCAAAGACAUGGCUGCUGGUCGCACUGGUCCCGGUAUCAGGGACUGCAUACGGGAAUUUACCUUCAAACCCGACCCAUACCAGGCUCGCGCUAUUCACAACGAUGUCUUGCGGAUAUUCCGAGGCGAUCCAUACGGUGAUAAUGAGUACCAAGGAGCUACUCGAAUCAAAGAAGAAGCUGCAGCGAUCUUCGAUCAAAUCCAACGUGCUGUGGUCCUAAAUUUUAAAGCCAUGCGCAACCUCGAGACCUUGGUUUGGUCUUGCAUUUUCCCAGUAGAGAAAGACACUUUCUCGCUCUUUGCCUCCUCCACAGCCCAUAACCUUAUUAUCAACAGAGCCAUCAUCGCUGAGGAGUUCUCUCUUGGGCCUCCUCUGACCCCGCUGUCCUGGCCUUUGCGAUCUCUCUCUCUGAUGAGCGUUAGGUUAGCAGGCUCCUGGGACCAAGAGAACGAUAUUCUUCGAGACAUGGAAUCCCAGAGCUUGGAAGCCUCUCUCUCUCUUGGAACCGAUUCGAAGUCCUUCCCUAAACUACGACAGCUCCGAAUCAAGCCCGGUCCGGACGCAAUAGAUGAAGCAAGGAUGGCUUCUUUCCUCUCUGCGCCACUCAAGUCUCUCCAGUUGCAUCAUUCUGCUGUUCGGGACUUUGGGGAUCACAUCCGUUCUCAUGCCGAAGAGCCAUACCGGGAUCUUGAGGAGCUUGUCGUUGGUUCUGAUGUUAAUUCGCAGCUUAUCACAAAAUUAAUUCACAAGAAUAAUAACCUGAAAAAGCUUUGGGUCACUCAAGGUUAUUAUAUGUCGGGUCGUGAUAAUUAUUUCGAUCGAGCCUUAAUCCCUGGCCUUGGAAAGGGUCAAUUCAAUAACCUUCGCUCCUUAUAUAUUCAAUGGGGAGGUCAAAAUAAGGAUUCCGGCCGCGAAAACGACCAUUUUGACAUUAUGCCGGAGCGUCUAGCCGCCAUCUGCGACUUUACGUUUCUGGAGCAAUUAGGUCUCUGUUGCGCUGAGGGGAUACCCGAGUUCACAUCAUACGAGGACUACACAGAAGACACCUUUCCCAUCUGGCUCAUCGACCAUGAAAACCUGCAAGCUCAUCUACAAAAUCUCAAGAACCUCAAAUUGCUGGUCAUUUGA